GCAAGCUGAGGUAAUGUUCGGGUGUUUGAAACUCGUCUCGCGAUGUUCAAAGAGCAAGCAACAUACGGAAGACGGAAAACUCGAAGUCUCGCGAUAACACAUUGUGCGACACAUAUCUUUUUGCCGGCUGAUAGUGCGGUUUGUGCGCUCGUGACGGUCUUAUUCUUACCUACCUCACAGUCCCCUCAUGGGGUCGCUCGGCCGGCUGGCGUCUCCAUCUCCUUUCCCUCGAGCCGUCGCCAUUUAAGAAAGCGACGUAGCAGACGGAAGGCGAAGCGGGGUAACGGGGGUCUCUCCACAUCCCCCCCCAUUUCUGGGCGCUGACUGAAAUGAGUUGCACAAUUGAGAAGGCCCUAGCUGAUGCAAAAGCACUAGUGGAGCAGCUGAGAGAACAUGAUAACGCAGCAGAAGCUCUGAUUGAACAAACUACAGCUCUCAACAAACGAGUGGAAGCAAUGAAGCAGUACCAAGAAGAAAUUCAAGAACUUAAUGAAGUAGCACGACAUAGGCCCCGCUCUUCACUGGCAUUAGGUAUUCAGCAGGAAAACAGGCAGAUCAGGGAACUACAACAAGAAAAUAAAGAAUUACGCACUUCUCUUGAAGAACAUCAGUCUGCCUUGGAGCUAAUAAUGAGCAAAUACAGAGAGCAGAUGUUUAGAUUGCUCAUGGCCAGUAAAAAAGAUGACCCAGGUAUAAUAAUGAAGUUAAAGGAGCAGCAUACUAAGGAGCUACAAGAACAUGUGGACCAAAUCACAGAAAUGGCAGCAGUUAUGCGAAAGGCUAUUGAGAUGGAUGAACAGCAGGGUUGCAAAGAACAGGAACGUAUUUUUCAGCUUGAGACUCAAGAAAUCACAGGAAUCACAAGUAUGUGACAUACCUAAUGGAGUGAAGAAAAUCGUAGAUGUGACAAGGAAGCCCAGCACUAGCCCCACAAUCAACAUACAGAGGAUCACAAAGCCAAAUCGCCACCAGUAAGCUACCAAGAGGAGCCCUCCAAUAACUCCAGCUAUUGCUGCAAGACCAAGAUUGACUGGGAUAACCGGGGGGGGGGGAAGAGAGAGAGAGAGAGAGAGAAGGAGAAAAACAGGAAAAAUUGGGUUCAUUUCUCCAACAUUGUCCACUCUUGUGAAAUUGCACUUUAGUAUUUCAAUCUGGUGUUUAAAAAUUCCAUACCAAUACAUUCCCAGAAAGGUAGCCACAUUAGUCUGUUGCAGCAAACAAAGAUUGUUGCAGAACUUUGCAAAAACUAACACAUUAAUUAUUGGUACAAGGCAGCUUCUUAUGUUCCAAGUCAGACCAUUGGUUCAUCUAGCUCAGUACUGUCUACAAUGACUGGCAGCAGCUCUCUGGGGUGUCAGGCAGGAGUCUCUCUCAGCCCUACCGGGAGAUGCCAGGCUCUGAACCUGGGAUCUUCUGCAUACCACUGAGCUAUGUCCCUUCCCCAAAUUGUGGCAUAUGUUUUAUGGUCUAGCUCUUUAAGGUGCUGCAAGACUUUGUUCUGCUAAUCAAGAUGACUUUUGCUGCAAGUUGAACUCAUCCACCCUGGUUUUCUAAAAAUGAAACAAAAGGAUUGCUGAUUAACCAAUACUGGCUGGACCCCAUACUGUCCAAGUAACAUUCUGAAUAACCAGAACAGCGCAGGACCAAUUAUGGGGAAUCGGCACCUACAAUGCAUUGGAAAUUAUGAAUGAAUUGUGUUAGGGUAGCAGAUACACUACUCUGGCUAGAGAUUGACCAUUCUUUAUAAUGGUAGUGUCAAAAUCCUCUUUGAAAUCUUUUAUAUCCAAUUGAAAAUUUCAGGUGAAUCCCAUCAUUGUCUAGGAAAAUGCAUCUUCUUUUUUUUCCUGUACUAAUGAGAAAACUACAAGUAGUUAUGGAAUAAAUGAAAUGAAAAUGGACUGCCUUCAAGUUGAUCCCGACUUAUGGCUACCCUAUGAAUAGGGAUUUCAUGGUAAGCGGUAUUCAGAGGGGGUUUACCAUUGCCUCCCUUUGAGGCUAGUCCUCCCCACCUGGCUAGGGCCUGCUCAGCUUGCCACAGGAGCACAAGCCAGCCCCUUCCUUGUCCGCAACUGCCAGCUGGGGGGCAACUGGGCUCCUUGGAAUAAAUAGCUAGAACUAAAUGUUACACUCUGUACCAAUAAAGCA